AUGGCAGACACAAAAGCGCAACCCUACGUCUUCGAUCUGGGCCACAUGCUCGUCACCGACCCAAACCCAGUCCCAUCUUACACCGACAGCACCAAAGAAGCCGUCCUCACCUCAACCGCCAAGGACUGCGCACAAGCCCUCAUAAACCAACUCCUCACAGCCUGCCCCAUCUCCAAAGCCGACGAUGGCGCCUUCCAAAUAACUCUGCCCGCACCCGAAACACACCUUCCCCGCGAGAAGCCCGUACCGAAGGAGAAGGAGAAGACGAAAUGGGAGAAGUUCGCCGAGAAGAAGGGUAUCAAGGGCAAGCGAAAGGAUGGCAAGUUGCAGUACGACGAAGUGAAGGGUGACUGGGUGCCCAAGUAUGGGUACAAGGGCAAGAGUGCUGCUGGUGGAGUGGAAGCGGAUUGGAUUAUGGAGGUUGAUGAGAAGGCGGAGAGGAAGAAGGCGGAGGAGGAGGAGAGUCAGAAGAGGCCGGGAAAGCCGAGUUAUCAGAAGAAGAAUCCUAAUGGUGGUGAUGUGGAGAGGAGGGAUAGGAAGUUGAAGGCGAGGAAGGGGAAAUGA